UGAAGGAGUUUGAACACACCAAAGAAAGAGGGAGUGUACCAAAGUUCUUAAACAUCAUAUAGCUUACAUUAAUUUAACACUUUUCUCAUUUUUACCUAUGAAAAAAGUACAUGUAAGUUGUCAUAGUUUUGAUAGAAGGAGUACUUGUACACUAAAGGUAUUGAAAAUCUUUUCCAUACACACCACAUAGAGAACAGUUUCUGUUGUCUGCCUUUAAAUAGAGCAAGUUUCUCCAAGCCCGCCAAGUUAGGAAUCAGAUAAUCCUUCCCUUUUGCUCUUUCUUUUCUUCUCUUUUCUCUCUCUUUCUUCUUCUUCUUAUAUCAUCUUUCUGUGAUCAAUGCCACAAUGUUGCUGAAACAUUCUCACCCUCUUGCCUUCACUUGCCAUGGAAAGUCACACUCAUAAGAGGGGUGAAGAAAUGGGUGUUGGUGGUGUUAAAAGGUUGCUUCUUGGAGCCUUGCUAUCUUUAGGAGUCAUCUGGUUUAUGUUUCUUGCUAUCUCAGUGAACCGUCCAACCAAAAGAACAGUGCUGCUUCCAAUGAAUGUUAUCUCCAAGCAUUUGAAGUUGGUCAGCAUGCAGAGACAUGGCUUGCAUUCAAAUCCUAGACUCUUCAUAGUGAGCAAGAGAAGAGUACCAAAUGGACCUGAUCCAAUACACAACAGGAGAGCAGUGAAAACCAGACAGCCACCUACACAAGCCUGAGCAUUGCAGUGUGAAGUUCCACAGCAAGUUUGAGGUCAAAUCAUAGAAGAAUUUUUGCUAUUCUCUUGUGGAAGAAGAAUUCAGAGUGUGUUCUAUAAGAUCAUGUUAUUACUUGUUACAUAGUAUGAUUGCAAGUGUUUUUGGAGGUUAUAAGUGUGAUCCUUAAUGUUUUCUACUUUUUUUUUCUUCUCUUUGAAAUGUACCCUUUUGAUGGUGUUGUAAAUCAAGGCCUUAGGAAAUGAAGUAACCAAAUUUUGGAUGCAAUCCAAUUAUGUCCUUAAAUUUAUAAAGUGAAAAAGAAAAGUGUGCAAGUUAUGACUAUAGGUGAAUUAGUGAAAUAGUGGAUGAUUUUCUCAUC